UUGAUUUAUUCGAUUCUAUUCGAUUGAACCUGUUUUGCAACUUUGCAAGUUUUGCUAGUUUGAGACUUGAGUUGUGUAUUGAUUGUCGCUCGUCAAAGCCGUAUUAAAAUAACCAUUUUUAGAUUUUUCAAAAUAAAUACUUAAAAUUUUCUAUUAACUGCAAGUUACAAUGCUCGGAAUAGAGAAUUUUCCCGAAUACGAAGUUCCUGGAAUUCGUCAGGUCCAAUUUUAUCCGUACGAGUCCAAUGGUGGAAGCGUCGUAGCGAUUGCAGGCGAUGAUUUUGCGGUAAUUGGAGCGGACACCCGAUUGAGUUCGGGUUAUUCAAUCCAUACACGUACGCAGAACAAACUUUUUCGAUUAUCGGAUAAAACCGUACUUGCAUCAACUGGUUGCUGGUGCGACACACUUGCUUUGACAAGCUUGGUCAAGGUGAGAAUGCAGAUGUACAAAGACCAGCAUCAGAAAAGUAUGACCACACCAGCAGUUGCUCAGAUGUUGUCAAUCUUAAUGUACAACAGAAGAUUUUUCCCAUACUAUGUAUCGAAUAUUCUGGCUGGUUUAGAUGAUGAAGGUAAAGGUGUCAUUUAUAGUUACGAUCCGAUCGGUCACUGCGAGAAAACUAUGUAUCGUUCUGGCGGAUCGGCUGGUCCGCUUUUGCAACCUGUAUUAGAUAAUCAAAUAGGCCAAAAGAAUAUGGUCAACGCAGAUUUAACACCGGUUCAGCUGGAUAAAGCUAUUUCCAUCAUUAAGGACGCGUUCAUUUCGGCUACAGAAAGAGAUAUUUACACAGGAGACUCGGUCAUCAUAAAUAUUAUCACUAAAAAUGGCAUCAAGGAGGAAACCGUUCAGCUUCGCAAGGACUAAAUUUAGUAAAGCAUGUAUGCGCCUAAUUUUCUUUUUUUUUUGAAUAAAAUAAAAUAUGAAAACAAUUGUUCUAUUUGAUCCUAAACUUGUAUAUAAGGUAAUGAGUUGAGCAAGCAUACGUAGCAGCUAUGAUUAAUACGGUUUGACAAGAAUAAUAAAUUAUCAAUGGCCGCGGGUUUCGUCUGGAUGAGAGUUUUUUUAAGUCUAAGUUACACAUCCUGUUCUUGUUCAUUUUUCGUAUCCUCAAAAA